AGAAGAGGGAGAGAGAGAGAAGGCAAAUGUUCCCCCAGCUGUUUCCUGUCUACAGUGUCUGUGUUUUGUAGAUAAAUGUGAGGAUUUUCUCUAAAUCCCUCUUCUGUUUGCUAAAUCUCACUGUCACUGCUAAAUUCAGAGCAGAUAGAGCCUGCGCAAUGGAAUAAAGUCCUCAAAAUUGAAAUGUGACAUUGCUCUCAACAUCUCCCAUCUCUCUGGAUUUCUUUUUGCUUCAUUAUUCCUGCUAACCAAUUCAUUUCCAGACUUUGCACUUCAGAAGCAAUGGGAAAAAUCAGCAGUCUUCCAACCCAAUUAUUUAAGUGCUGCUUUUGUGAUUUCUUGAAGGUGGAGACGCACAUCAUGUCCUCCUCGCAUGUCUUCUAUCUGGCCCUGUGCUUGCUUACCUUCACCAGCUCUGCCAUGGCUGGACCGGAGACGCUCUGUGGGGCUGAGUUGGUGGAUGCACUUCAGUUCGUGUGUGGAGACAGGGGCUUUUAUUUCAACAAGCCCACAGGGUAUGGCUCCAGCAGUAGGAGGGCGCCUCAAACAGGCAUCGUAGAUGAGUGCUGCUUUCGGAGCUGUGACCUGAGGAGGCUGGAGAUGUACUGUGCACCCCUCAAGCCUGCCAAGGCCGCCCGUUCAGUCCGCGCACAGCGCCACACUGACAUGCCCAAGGCUCAGAAGUAUCAUCCCCCAUCUACCAACAAGAAAACGAAGUCUCAGAGGAGAAGGCAAGGAAGUACAUUUGAAGAACACAAGUAGAGGAAGCACAGGAAACAAGAACUACAGAAUGUAGGAAGACCUCCUUGAGGAGUGAAGAAUGACAUGCCACUGGCAGGAUCCUUGGCUGUGCACAAGUUACCUGUUCAACACCAGAAGACCUACCAAAAAAAUAAGUUUGUUAACAUUUCGAAAGAUGGGCAUUUCCCCCCAAUGAAAUACUCAAGUAAACAUUCCAACAUUGUAGGAGUGAUUGUUAAAAGCUUUGCACCUUGCAGAAAUGGUCCUGGAGUUGGUAGAUUGCUGUUGAUCCUUAAUCAAUAAUGUUCUAUAGAGAAUAUAUAUAUAUAUAAAUAUACAUAUAUAUAUAUAUAUAUAUAUAUAUCUUAGUCCCUGCCUCUCAAGAGCCACAAAUGCAUGGGUGUUGUAUAGAUCCAGUUGCACUAAAUUUGUCUCUGAAUCUUGGCUGCUGGAGCCAUUCAUUCAGCAGCCUUGUCUAAGUGGUUUAUUAAUUUUUUUUAUUUGCACUUCUUUCUACGCAACACAGGCUGUUUGUUUUACAGUGUCUGAUCAUCUUGUCUAGCCCAGCUCCUUUUCGUCACCUUUAUAUUUGCCAGUUUGGCCUCCUCAAUAGCAGCAGCAAGCAGUUAAGUAGCACAUCAAUUUUUAACCCACAAGAUUCCAUCUGUGGCAUUUGUACCAAAUAUAAGUUGGAUGCAUUUAUUUUAGUAGACACAAAGCUUUAUUUUUCCACAUCUUGCUAAAAAAAAAAAAAUGCAAGUAGUUGCAACCUCAAGGCCAAUCAUUUGUAGCUGUGUUUUAAGCAUAGAAAGUCUCAAACUAUCAAUGGUUCCUUCAAAUGAGUUUGUGUGCAACCUGAUUAGUAACUUCUCUUUUAAUUUUUUCCAUAUAGAGCACUAUGUAAAUUUAGCAUAUCAGUAAUACAGGAUGUAUCAAACAGUAUGUAAAACUGUUUUUUAGUACAAUGGUGCUAUUUUGUAGUUUGUUAUAUGAAAGAGUCUGGCCAAAACGGUGAAAGGUGAAAGCAAAAGAGGAAACCUGGAGCCAAAGAUGAUACAGAGGGGAAGGAAACUAAAAAUCCAUCAAUUUGGGAAAGAAGGCAAGGGUUCCCCAGUUAUGCCUUCCAAGAGAAACUUACGACACAAAGUUCACUGACACAAAUUUGACUGGCGAGUCCAGAGAGGAGUGGAAAAAGCAGAAGGCUAGGAACUUAACAGUCCUGAUUUCUUUUUCUCACUAAAGAAACAAACAUCUGCCGACUCUGCCAUGGACUCACCACUGUGUGACCUUGGGCAAGUCACUUCACCUCUCUGUGCCUCAGUUUCCUCAUCUGCAAAAUGGGGGCAAUACGCCAUCUACCUACCUCACAGGGGUGGUAUAAGGAUUAAAAAGAUAAAACUCCAGAUUUUUAUCCUGGGUUGCUAUGAGGGCAAAAGAUCAGAGCCCUUGAGUUGCUGGGAUGCAAGGAAUUCUAUGAACAACCCAUUCACAGCAUUGCUGGAAAGUUGAUUAGCCAAAUGCUCUUGACCAGCCAAUUCUUAUCAAUGAAGCUAUACAACUACCUAGUUGUUAAAAGUGAACAGCUCAGUCUUGUUUAAAACACUUUUCAAAAUAAAUUCAAAACAUUAAAUUUACAAUUUGAUUUUGAACUCUACAUUUGGAUUUAUGAAUGUGUAUGAGAAGAGAGAAAGGAAAAAAGAAAAGGAGAAAAACAGAAAAAGAGUCCUGCCAGGAAAAGGUGCUUACUCCAUUUGUUAGCAUUCACUGACUCUUCCAGGCAGUUACUAGAAAUCUAGGAAUACUUCUUUUAAUAUAAAUGAUACUUUAUUUAUUUUGGAAAACACAAGUUUUUCCUUCUCUUCAGGCAAUCUAAAAAAUGGUCCAAGAGUUUAAAUAUUGAAGUAAUAUCUAAUAAAGAAAUUAGUUACUUUUUAAAUGAAUUUUGCUCUUAUCUUUGGCUAUAUAUAAAUAUACAUAUAUAUUUAAAUUUUUUUGUUAAAAUAUACUUGACUAAGGUUACUAGUUGAGAUGCAAAAUUUUCCUUCACAACUAGAAUUCCCUUAUUUCUUCUUAGAAGAGUCCUCCUAGCUCUCUGUGAAUGUGUCUUACCCUUUCAACUGAAAAUCAAUAUCAAGAAAAUGAAAUGAUAAGGAUAUGCCCACAGUGGCCUAGAAAAUAUUUCUUGUCUCUAUAUCAAGAUUUUCUUGUUAGAACAAUGAAUUCGUCCAUCAUUCAGAUCUUUCUAUCUGUCUUAGAAGCUUUUGAUGAAAAGCAACCAGGCCUGAUUAUUUCAUGCAAAUUAUAUCCCUUUUAUUCUUGGAAAGUAUAUAUGGAAAACAAAAAUAAGCAUCUUAAGUUUUCAUCCCACUGGUUCACCUCAAGAUUUGGAUGCAAGGAAGAAAAAAAAAAGACUUCCUGAACCUUGCAACAUAUGCAAAAAGAAAGCCUAUUUAGUGGGUGCCCCUGCUAAGACAACAAGUAUUUUAACCCUCUGUCCACAGUAUUAUUGAACUGAGCACCUCUGACAUGCUGAUCAAUGCUCCGAUCACUAGGCACAGAUAUAAGUCAUUUUUGCCCUUCAUCUGUUUUUCAGAAAUAUAGGUUCUGUGGAAUGAGAUGCUGGACCCCUUUUCCUGAAAUGGCACUUCUGAUUUUUCUUGUUCCUAGACCUUUUAAAAUCACUGUCUCCCAGUAGCACUUUACAUGCAAUCUUCUACAGACCUAUGGAUUUCCGACCUGGUUGGAUAUGGAAAUUCUAACAAUGUCUAUGACCUAUUUGAUUCACUUAAUAAUUCUAUUCACAGCCAAAAUAUGCCCCAGUAAGGAAAGCUUAAAUAUGCAAAGCCGUAUUAUCUUUCCUAACUUUUUCUAACACAUAGUCUUCUCCAACUGUAUCAUAAACCAACUAAUUGAAAAUUAACCAAUUAUAUGAACCUGCUAUCUUAUUUUCAAAUGAAUUAAAACUAGAAGACAAAUUGAUGUAAACUAUAAAAAUCAGCCAAUCGCUAUAUAUUACAGCAGAAUAACCCAGGAUCAAUAGAAGGAAGUACCUAAAAUUUCACAACUCAAAAUUUCAUCAGCUUUGCUGUAGAAUUUUAAAAUGAGUCAACUUCAGGAUGUUUAUAAGAAAACUAUAAGUACUGGUAAGAAUGAGCUUUCAACUUACAGGCUUAUUUACUAUUUAAUUGACAACACUGCCUGCCUAUGUCAAAUUUCUGUUCCCACUUCCCCAGAUAGAUACUAUUCUAAGGUGAGAAGGUUCCACAGAAAAGUUAAUGCAUGUUUCCAUUGGAAUCCACUCUUCUAGAGAUAAGGAAAAACUCUUCCACACCUGGCCUACAUACACACACACACACACACACACUCAUCCUGAGUCCAGUGGAAUAUGGAGAAGAAACAGCUUCCUUGAAAAAUCUUAUUAAAAAGAAAAAAAAAUGGCCUGGCCUCCCUUGAAAAUCCUUCCCCUCCUUGGAAUGUCUGUGUUUGUGUAGAUGAAACCAUCGCAUGCACUGUGGCUCCAGGGUUUCUGUUACCAGUUUAAGCACUUGGGAGACUGCUUAAACGGAAGAUGUAGCACAUUUUGCUUUCCCAUUUAUUGUUUGGCCAGCUAUGCCAAUGUGGUGCUAUUGUUUCUUUAAGAAAGUACUUGACUAAAAAAAAAAAAAACAAAAAAAAGAAGGCAUAGACAUAUUUUUUUAAAGUAUGAAAACAACAAAUCUAUAGAUAGAUGGCUUAAUAAAAUAGCAUUAGGUCUAGUUACCACCACCUUUCAAGUUUUUAUUAUUCACAAGUAGAGUACUGUUCACCAAAUUGUGAGUUUGGGGGUGUAGAAGAGGAAAUGGAAAUUUUCUUCAAUUUAGAAGAUUAUUUUUGUUGGCUCUCAAGCUCAGCAAAAAUGAGCAAUAUAUUAUCCAAUCUGAACACCUUGACCAAGAGCAUGGAAUAUAUAUAAAGGGGGAGAGAAAAGACCUUAGAGGCAAGUGGCAGAACUAAAAAGAUGACUAAGUUACUGAUUUUUGUACUCUCUGCUUAAAAACCCAGAUAUUCAGCAAGUGGAGACAAUAAAAACAGAAAAAAUACAUAGAUUCACCAACAAAAAAUAGCCUCUGCCACAUCCUCCUUGAGUAAUUCUUUGGCGUUUAUUGGUUUAUAGAAGAUAUUCUCCCUUCAUCUAAACAUCUCAAAGAGCAGUAGCUCUCAUAAAAAGCAAUCACUGAUCUCAUUAGGAAGUGUUAGAAAGUAUUUCCUUAUGAGAUGGGGGUUAUCUACUGAUAAGGAAAGAGAAGAAUUUAUUAGAAAUUGUUAAAAGAGAUGGCUAACAAUCUGUGAAGACUUUUUUGUUUUUGUUUUUGUUUUUUUGUUUUUUUACUUUAUAUAGUCUUUAUGAAUAUCUUAAUGUUCAAAAAUGACUUGGUUCUUUCAUCUUUUUUUACAUUGGAAUGAAGGAUGAUAAGCCUACAUAGACUCUUUGAAACUAUAGGCUAGAUAGAAAUGUAUGUUUGACAUGUUGAAGCUAUAAUCAGACUAUUUAAAAUGUUUUUGCUAUUUUUAAUCUUAAAGGAUUUACUAAUUUAUUAGAGACAGAUCCUGUUAGGCUCUCUUCAUAAAAAAAAGAGUAUUUCCACUCAUCACCUGGGCUUUCCCAUCAGUGUUUUCAAAAGAUAAAUCUGAUUUAUGCAUCAUUGUAGCAUCACUGUUUUAAAAUUUUUAAAUAGAAGAAUUUUGAUUCUUUAUGCCCCUCUUCUUCAAUGAUCAUAAAGUCCAGAAUCUGAGGGGGCAGAAGCAAGAGGAAAAUCUUGUUGAUUCUAUGUUUUUGGGUUUUUUUGUUGGUUUGUUUUCAAUGCUAGUGUUUAAUCUUAUAGUAUAUAUUUGCUUAUCGCUAUUUUAAUAUUCUAAAAGACUUUCCUGUUAGGUAUUAGAAAUGGAUACAUAGAUAUCUUUUUUGUGUGGUUUAUAUUUUUAAAAAAUAGAAAUGAGAAGACUGUCUUUAAGUACAUAUGAUAUAGGAUGAAGAUACUGAUUGAAAUUACCAAGUCCUAUCUGGAACAAUACUUUUUUAGGAAACCUCACAUAGGUAAGACAGAGGCCCAGGGAAUUUUUGAAACUGUCUUUAUUCCUCCAACUAUCUCUAUUCAUUUACCAUGUGCUUCAAAAUUUUAUAGAGGGUUAACCAAGCUGAAAUUCUAGAGCUAAAUGGAUCUCUUUAAAAACAUAUAUUUCACAUGUUCCCUCUUAAUUUAUGAUCACACACUGAUCUGACACGUGGUCCCUGUCUUCCGCUAUUCUUUGGUUGUCAUUGAUAAGAUCUUCCAAGGAAAAAAAAUUUAUUUAAAAAAGGAGAACACGAAAGUCCAAGUGUUACAGCCCAAUUGAAAUAAGAGAUGAAAUGGAGAUGGAGUUUUUCCUAUUUGACCCCUGCUGAAUCGCCUGUCAUCUUCAAAAUGAUCUUUUGCAAUCCUUAGAAUCUCCUUUCUUCUAAUUGCCCAGGCUACUGUAUCCUAAAAGUAAACAUUACUCAUUUUCUUUUGUCCAAAAUGCACUGAUGUGAAAACCAGAAAAAUUAAAACAAUUCAAAAAUCCCUUACAAAGCCACCAACUGGCCCUACUCACCCACCCACAGCAAAAUUAUGUUAAUCCCUUAAUCUGAUUUUGUUUGGAUAUUUAUCUUGUGCCUGCUACUAAACAUACUUCAGGAGGGACUCUGAAACCUCAAGCCAUCUACUUAUAUCUCUUAUCUGUGUCUCUGCAAUAUUAAAAUGUCUAUUCAAAAUAUCAAAACUUUCAAUCAUGCAGCUUGUAUUCAGUUUACAUAAAGGCCCCAAAUACCAUGUCAGAUCACUUUUUCUAAGAGAGUUAAUGAACUAGAGUUAUAGGCUAAGUGUAAUAAGUAAACUUACAGACACUGAAUUAAUUUCCCUGCUAUUUGAAACCAGAAAAUAAUGAUUAUUUAUUAUUUGGUCUUCAUUCAAAAAAAUUCUUUCAUUAAAUUAACUCUGAUUGUAUUUGAAAUUAUUAUUCAAUUCAUUUAUGGCAGAGAAAUGUCAAAUCCUGAUGACUCCUAAAAAUGUAACUAACUGAAUCAUUAUCUUACAUUUACUGUUUAGUAAGCAUAUUUUGAAAAUGUAUGGCUAGAGUGUCAUAAUAAAAUGAUAUAUCUUUCUUUAGAAAUUACAUUAAAAUUAAUGUUUGAUUAAUUAGUUCUUUUGGACAAUGUUGGUAUAAUGUGUCAUUCCUUAAAAAUCCUAUUGUUACAUUGCACUUUUAUUAAUUAGCAUCAUUGCAACAAAUAAACAUGAAAACUUACCCAGAAAAAUAAAACUAAUCAUAUAUCAGAAUGGAGAUAUCUUAUAGAAUUAUAGAUUAUAUUUAAAGAUAAAUGUUUCAAAGAAUUUGUACAAACUAUGUAAGAGAUGUAUGAAUUGUACAGUAUAUGCAGUAACAAUAAAGCAGAUUUAAGUAA